CUUCUGCCAUGAUCUCGUAGCAUUACUUUUCGAUUAUUGUUUUUCUAUCAUGUAUUUCUUGCUCAGCGCGUGCUUUACCCUCUGUAUAGGGGCCGCACAAGCUCUCAAAGGUCCAGAUUACGAGUCUCUGCCACUCGACACUAUCUUUCCUGGGCCUUGGGAACGCUAUAUUCGGGCACCAGUCAAUAAAUCGCACAUAGCGCCAGUCAAAAUCUUUAACUUUGAGGGCGCAGUUGCAGGUGUACAAACGGUUUUGGAGGAUGCGGAAGUCGGCGCAAAUGGGGGCAUUUCAUGGGUAAUCGGCCCUGGCGGUCUGGUUACUUUUGAAUUCGAGGAGAAUAUCUCUGGAAGGGUGUGUUUUGAGGUUGAUAGCCUCAAGAACGAACCCUACCUCGUGUUAUCCUACUCUGAAUCUCCCUUCUUUGCCGGUCGCGAACCAGAUGCCACAGGCGACAGACAAGCCAGAGACUUGCCUCUGAAAUUCUUGAUUAAGCACACAGGAUUGAAUUGCGUUGCAAAGGGCUAUAAUCGGGGCGCCUUUAAGUACCUGACAGUUUUCAUGCCGGAAACUGACGUGCCGACCGAAGAGAACGGAUUCUGGCACGAUGGACAUUCUGCGCCGCAAAGGGGUGGCAUGGUGGAGCAGAAUCCUUCGUGGUACAGCUCAAUUGGACAAAAGAUACUUGGACGAAAUCGACCGCGGAGAAGUGACAUGGCGCAGGAACCUGCUGUCACCAUUUCGUCUGUCUGGGUCAAUUGCACGGCAUUUCCUUCAAAUCCAAAUGGGCGCGCCUAUACAGGAUAUUUCGAGAGCUCCUCGCCUCUUUUGAACCGUAUCUGGUACGCGGGUGCCUGGACUUUGCAGCUCUCAACCAUUGAUCCACAAGAGGGAGGAUCAAUCAUCGACUUCAAUAGAAAUUUUGACCACAACAACGCACCACAAGGAGCGUGGUAUUCCAAUUACACGGUCGCGAAUGGUACUGUAGUCACCACCGAUGGUGCCAAACGAGAUCGAAUGGUCUGGCCGGGAGACAUGACUAUUGCGGUUCCAGGAAUUGCUGUGUCGACUUAUGAUAUGUUGGCCGUAAGAAAUGCCUUGGAUACAAUCUACGAGCAUCAAUAUUCUGAUGGGUCUAUGCCUUACGCUGGGCCUCCAAUGGGUGCAUUUGGAGAGUUUAGUGACACGUACCAUCUUCAUACGUUAAUGGGCACAUAUUUCUAUAUUCUCUAUUCUGGAGAUUUCGACUGGCUGAAGAGAAGAUGGCCAUCUUACAUUCAAGCCCUGGAGGUUAGCAUCAACAAGGUGGAUGAAUUUAAUCUCCUCUACGUCUCUUCACCUUUCGACUGGAACCGUGCAGGUAUGACAGGGCACAAUAUAGAAGCUUCAUCCCUUCUCUACGAAGUCCUUGGCAACAGCAUCAAGCUUGCUUCCUGGCUAGGUGAAAACAUCCAAACCAGCGGCGAAAGUUGGGAGACAACUAGGUCACGUCUCAAGAAGGGAAUUUCGACCCUCUACUGUCCGCAAGAAGGUCUAUUCUCUGACAACAGAGGCCGACGUGGUUGCUUCGGGCCCGAAAAAGUCCUUCCUCAGGAUGGGAAUUCCUGGGUUUUAAUGUCCCGAGCCGUCUCCCCGUCUCUUGCCUACAAUGUAUCUGAAAACCUAAGAGCGCGCUGGAUCAAGUAUGGCGCUCCCGCCGUCGAAUUCCCCAACGUAAUCUGCCCCUUUGCCUCAUCCUUCGAACUUCUCGGCCACAUCGGCGCCGGAAACCCCGAUGCUGCUGUCGAGCUGAUGGAACUGAUGUGGGGCUACAUGCUCGAUGGCCCAGGGAUGACGAAUUCCACCCUCAUAGAAAGCUACCGGAUUGAUGGCUACAUUCAUUAUCCGCUCUAUUGGUCUGAUGCUCGGAACUCACACGCGCACGGUUGGUCGGCCGGUCCUACCACCGUUUUGAUGCAGGGCAUUCUGGGUAUCAGCUUAACUAGCCCUCUGGGCCGGACAUGGAAGAUCGACCCUAAUUUAACCAAGUGGUUAAGUUCCGCGCAAGGCGGCUUCGCGACCAAGCUAGGUAAAUUCGAGGUGCAGAUAUCUCUCAUGAGGAGCGCGAGUACAGGGAGGAGAGUAGAAGUACUUGUAGUGAGCGUCCCUGAUGGGACGAGUGGGAGUAUUGUCUGGGCAGGAAGAGAACAGUCCAUCGAUACGCGGGAGCAAGGGACGGAAUUUCAUUUCUUCCGCUAUCUAGAUGGGAGUCAAGCAGAUCAGGCCCAGAUUUGGAGUUUCGGGGACGCAGAAAUGGAGUUUGUGAAUGAUGAUACGUGGGUUAAACCUCCGGUUGAAGAGAGGCCAGAGGGAGUCGUCGAUUGGGAGGCGUUAGAGCGAACUUAUGCUCUUGAGGCGUUGAAAUGGGAUAGUAUAUUGAGCAAGUACUCGUAGAUCUAUCUUAAAUUUCAAUUUGGCUUAUUGCCAUAAAAUCGAUGACCAAGAGAACGCCACUAUUCUCAGUGCUGACUAGAUUACGGAUAUCGGCUGUAUGGAGGCGGGCAGUGACAAGCGUGGG